CCACUUUUUUCACCGCGUUUCAUUUCGCGAGUUCGAUAGAGAGAGAGAAAGAGAAGCUUGAGGAGGAGUAACACACGAAGCUACAAUGGCGGCGGCGACGGCGAGGUUUGGUCUGCUCAAGUACCUGCGGGUCCCGGUGGCCGCCAAGCCUUCCCUCCUCCGCUCCUCCGACAACCCAUUCCUCCCCUUCGGCCUCGCCGCCGCCCUCCGCCGCUUCUCCGACGAGGUCCGGGGCUCCUUCCUCGACAAGUCCGAGGUCUCCGAUCGCGUCGUCACCGUCGUCAAGAACUUCCAGAAAGUCGACCCCUCCAAGGUUACGCCGAAUGCACAUUUCCAGAAUGAUCUUGGAUUGGAUAGUUUGGACACCGUGGAGAUAGUUAUGGCUCUUGAGGAGGAGUUUGGAUUCGAGAUUCCAGAUAAUGAAGCAGACAAGAUAAGCUCGAUAGAUCUUGCUGUCGACUUCAUCGCUUCGCAUCCGCAGGCGAAAUAGGAGAAGCAUUGAAAGCCCAUGUUCUUUCCUUUUCACCUGAAGGAUCGGCAAUGCAUUGAGUUCUCAUAAGUGGCACAUUGGCACAUUUUAGAAUCUUUUUUUGUUAGCGUUCUUCCCUCCAAUGGAUGUGUUUCUUUAUUUGUACCAAACUACCAUGGCUACUCCGGAGUUGGGUGGUAGCUGCAGUUACAGGCCCCUAAAGAGUCCUUGACACUAUUUUGAAGUGUAUCCAGAAUGAGUUUUUGGUUGCAUUAAAGUGGAGCUUCUUAUUUUGAUAA